AAGGGGAGGGGAAGCAACACAACAAGGAAACUACACCGCGGAGCCUCGGACGCCUUCAUUUUAUGUUUUUGAAUAAUAGCCGGAGCGAGUGUGGCGAAGUGUGUGCGCGAUCUGUCCGCUGCUCGACCCCGCGCCGCCUCGAGCGCCCCGGAAAAGGAGCAGCUUUUCUCCGAGUCGGGUUUAAAGGCGCCCGCGACGCGUUCACAGACAUGGACUCAGAGCCACCCAGCUCUCCACAGGUGGUGGAGGACGGUGGAGAGGAGGAUGAGGAGGAGCUGAGCGGCGGGGAGGAGGCGGACCUGCGCUCCAGCUCCGGCCGGGGCUCCCUGCUGACUCGGAGAGGCAUCACCCUGAGGGUGCUGCUGAAGGACGGCCUGGUGGAGCCGGGGGACGGGGUGCUCGCCAUCCACUACCUGGGUAAGAACUUCAUCGGAGACCUGUUGAAUGACGGCAAAAUCCGAUGGGUGGAGACGGGACAGAUCUUCAACUCCCCCAGUGCCUGGGCGACACACUGCAAACGUCUGGUCAACCCGGCCAAGAAGUCCGGCUGUGGCUGGGCGUCUGUACGCUACCGGGGACAGAAGCUGGUCCAGUACAAAACCACCUGGCUGCACAAGUACCAGCCGAGCGCAGACAUGAGCCUGGUGAGUGAGGAGGAUGACGACGAGGAUGAAGAGGAAGGCAAGACAGCUGUGCAAGCAGAUGAGAAGAACAAGAACGCCAAACCUGGAUUGAACGAUGUCAUGGUUUCACGAAGAACUGACAGAGAGAGAAUUCCUGUCAGAUACUGCACCUUGGGCACCAGGGAUGCUGCCAGAGAUCCACACACACUAGUGGAGCUGUCGGCCUUCUCGGCCAUCAACAGAUUUCAGCCUUUCAAUGUGGCCGUGUCCAGUAACGUGCUGCUGCUAAUGGACUUUCACUGUCACCUGACCACCAGCGAGGUGGUGGGAUACCUCGGAGGACGGUGGGAUACUAAUACACAGCUGCUGACAGUCUUAAGGGCUUUCCCUUGUCGGACCAGGCUGGCGGACAGAGACGCUGCUUCUGCCGUUGAGGAAGAGAUCUGCCAGAACCUGUUCAUGCGCGGGCUGUCGUUGGUGGGCUGGUACCACAGUCACCCGCGAGGUCCGGCUCUGCCGUCGCUGCAGGACAUCGACUCCCAGAUGGACCAUCAGCUGAGGCUGCAGGGCUCAAACAACGGCUUCCAGCCCUGUCUGGGCAUCAUUUGUGGACCAUAUUAUCAUGGCAAUCAAGGUGUGGCCUCCACUAUAACUCCAUUCUGGGUUGUACCACCACCAGAGCAACGGCCCAAUGACCACGGCAUCCCAGUGGCUGUAGAGGUCACCUACGUACAGGACAACUUCCUUACCAGCGAUGUCCUUAACGAGAUGAUGCUGCUGGUCGACUACUACAGGGCCGCUCCCGACCUCGUCCAGUUCAGCCAGUACUGGUGUCCUGAUACGACCAUGCUGGACAAGAUAAAGGGCUCUCUGAGUUGCCAUGCCCCCAAAGACCAGGCCUACUCUCAGAUCUUGGAGCAUGUCUACAGCCAGCUGGGCAACCUGCACUGAGCGGAGCUGCUCUGCGUGUGUGUACGUGGCUUCUCUCCAAUCUCAAGUUGUUCCAAUUUCAAACACCCCUCCUGUGCAGAAAACCCAGGUUUCUGGUGCUUUAAAAACAUGUAGAUGCCUUGAAAUCUCUCACGCUUGAUUUGAUGGAGCGCUGUCGCAGGUUGUCGUGUCACUGACGGUGCUAAAGCUGUGAUACGAGUCACUCCAGGACUGUGUAUUUAUGGAGAAAAGAUACACAACACAGGAUUAGACAACAGGAGACUAAUGAGUGUUCCAAAAGAAAGCUUUGCUAAAUGGAACUGUUCCAUGGACCUGACAUCAGCCCACAGAUGACUGCUGGCCUCUUACCUUUUACACAUGAUGGACCUAUGUGCCUACCUGUGCCAGUUUCUUGCAGUGUGAGCAGAUAUUUUCAAAUAUGUACGAUAUAAACUUGUUGUAAUUGCCUUUAUAGACUAUACCUGGGACGGUGAUUAGGGGGGGAAACGUGUAAGAACGUUGUAGUGACCUAAACCUUACUCUGCAUUUGGUUUUGUAAAUGUUUGUGUUCCUCAAGUCAAAUCAAGUUUUCUUUUAUGAACCUGUGUUUUGUAAAUGUUUGUGUUCCUCAAUUCAAAUCAAGUUUUCUUUUAUGAACCUGUGUGUGUGUGUGUGUGUGUGUGUGUGUGUGUGAGAGUUGCGUUGUGAAUGUGCUCCUCUACUGUCUUCCUGUCAGGUGACCCAAGAGACUAAAGUCCUGUUGUUAGGACUACUACUUGCUUCCUCUUUACCUGUACUGUAUUUAUUACUAACUGUGGACUGUGUGACGUAAAUGUGUGAAGACUUAUGCCUUAAGCCUGCUGAUUGAUUAUCCACAAAGCAUUAAAAAUAUACACACUGGAA